AUGUCGAAGCCCGUGAGCACCAACGGGAGCGAGUCCGAGUUCGAGUUCGUCGAGACUCCCAAGGCUCCCACCCCCACCGAGAAGCCCUUCGACUGCGGUGUGCGAACUACGUCGUACCCAGCCAUCAAGAAUGGCCCCCUCCCCGCCGACUCUGCCAGCAAUGACAGCUUCUCCAACACCCUCCUCUUCUCCCUGCUCGGCGGCGUGCCGCUGUGGCUCUCGUGGAAGGUCGGAGGAGGCCUGAAGACGGCCAUCUUCUUCGCCCUCUUCACCAGCAUCCCCAUCCUCGCCGGCUUCUGGAUCACCGUCUCGGCCGUCUCCCCCCGCAAGAACGAGAAGGCCAAGUACCCCGGCCGCCCCGUCGAGCACUACCUCACCUUCAAGAAGCAGUCCGACCGCGCCAAGUACCAUGGAAAGAACAGAAUCCCUCUCGAGACCUUCUACGAGAUGUACUUUGACGGCGACGUCGACUUCAACGGCGACUGCCUCGAGGCCCUGGAGUACCGACACGACUGGGCCAGCUUCCGCUUCACCUGGGGACUGUGCAAGUUCUUCCUGUUUGGCAUGAUGCCCGAAGUCAUCAUGCACAGCCGAUCUCAAGACGAGGAGCAGGUCCGUGACCACUACGACCGCGGUGAUGACUUCUACGGUUGGUUCUUGGGCCCCCGUAUGAUCUACACCUCCGGUGUCAUCAGCGACAUCGAGCAGGAGGAGAGCUUGGAGCAGCUCCAGGACAACAAGCUGGCCAUCGUCUGCGAGAAGAUCGAGCUCAAGGAGGGCGAGUCUCUCCUGGACAUCGGCUGCGGUUGGGGUACCCUGGCCCGCUUUGCCAGUGUCAACUUUGGCGCUCGCGCGACUGGUAUCACUCUCGGCCGCAACCAGACUGCCUGGGGUAACAAGGCUCUCCGCAACGCCGGCAUCCCCGAGGAGCAGAGCAACAUUCUGUGCAUGGACUACCGUGACAUCCCCGUUCCCGAGGGCGGUUACGACAAGAUCACCUGUCUGGAGAUGGCUGAGCACGUCGGUGUCCGCAAGUUCCAGGGCUUCCUGAAGCAGGUCAACGAGAUGAUGAACGACGACGGUACCUUCUUCCUCCAGAUUGCCGGUCUGCGCAAGCCGUGGCAGUACGACGACCUGAUCUGGGGUCUGUUCAUGAACAAGUACAUCUUCCCCGGUGCCGACGCCUCGACCCCUCUCGGAUUCUUCGUGGACAAGCUCGAGGGUGCCGGCUGGGAGAUCAAGAGCAUCGACACCAUCGGUGUCCACUACUCCGCCACUCUCUGGCGCUGGUACAGAAACUGGCUGGCCAACAAGGACAAGGUCAUUGCCAAGUACGGCAACCGCUGGUACCGAAUUUGGGAGUACUUCCUUGCCUCGUCGACCAUCAUCUCCCGCCAGGGUAGCGCAACCUGCUACCAGAUUGUGCUGGUCAAGAACAUCAACUCGACCCACCGUGUCGAGGGUAUUCCUAGCCAGUACGGACUGAGCGGAGCCCUCAACGCGGCCAAGGGCAAGAUGGACUUUGCCGCUUGGGCCAAGAAGAACGCGGACCAGUUCCCCACUAGCAGCACGGCCUAG